AUGCCUGAAAUGGCGCCAUUGUCAGAUGGGCUCUCAUCCAGCGACAAGAUUUCAGCAGACGGGGAGAACUAUGACGUUAGAGUACCUACCAGACCCAUGCCCCCAAGGCCCAUGCCAGCGGCAAAGCCUCCAAUCACAGAGGACAUAUUGCGGACCCUCUUGGAUGAGCUAAACCGGAACAUAGCGACCGAUAUCAGGCGGUUCCGGGAAGAAAUGAAUGGGGUAUCAGCACACUUGCACCAUACAGAGUUCAACUUUGCGGACCAUGAGAACCAAAUACAACCCUUGGAGAAACAGCUAUCAACCCUCCAGUGGUCUCAAAUGCUGGCCCAGGAAAAUAUGGCGGCGACUGAAGAUAAGAGGCAUUGGAAAAAGAUCAAAAUCAGAGGCCUGCCUGACACUCUAGAGCCUACUGAAUUUCCACAUCUAUUUUGUAGAUUACUCAACGCACUAUUCUCCUCCAGACAAGCUAAGGCGAUGCCUCUAGAUGGGUGGUACAGAAUCCCUAAACCAACCACAAGCUCCCAGGGUACUAGCAGAGACACCAUUGUCCGAUUCCAGCAAAGUCAGGACCGAAUGGCCUUCAUGGCGGCCAUCCGUAACAGGUCACCUUUUCAAUUUGAGGAACACUCUUUAACAUUCUUCUCUGGCCUGUCCAGGGCCACCCUGGAGUGGCGACGCUCUCUGCGCCCACUGACAAAGGAACUCAUUGCCCAUAAAAUACCAUACUGCUGGGGAACGCCAAGAAGCCUAAUCAUACCGAAGGAAAAUUGCGACCUGAAAAUCACUAAUACUGCCGAAAUCCCUGACACUCUAUGA